CUCGGGCAGACGCGCGGAGCCGGCGCCGCCACGAUGCCGCUGUCCCAGAGCAGGGCUGGGCAGAGCCCCUGCAGCAGCAAGGCCUGCAGGAACCUCUUUGGCCCCGUGGACCACGAGCAGCUCCAGCAGGCCUUUGAGGACCAGAUGAAGCAGCAGCUGGAAGAAGCUCAGCAGCGCUGGAACUUCAACUUUGAGACAGAGACUCCCCUGGAAGGGCCCUUCAAGUGGGAGAGGAUGCUGGUGGCUGAGCAGGCACCAAAAGAGGUUCACAGCCUGGUCAGGGCUGUCAUCAGCAGUGACAGCAGGAGCUCCCUGGCCCACAGGGUCCCCCCCAAGGAGCGUGGUGUUGGCAGGGUUUGCCCCGAGGAGGCUCAGCAGAGCUCCAAGGUUUGCAGGGCUGGUUCCCUGCAGGGCUUGAAACGUGGGCAGACCACAAUCAAAGACUUCUACAGUGCCAAGAGGAGGAUCGUCCCUGCCCGGCCCCAGCCGUGACCCGCUGCCAGCAGGAGCGUGGCUCCCCACCCUGAGCUGUGCUGUGCUCUCCUGUAGCCAUGUAGAUCUGUAGUUCCCUAUUUAUGACUUGCUCUGGGGUCCUGAGGGACCUUCACUGUGUGCAAUGUAGAGGAGGAGCCCCAUGGUGGGGCUGGAGGAGGACUGAGAUGGACCUGGUGGGAUGAAGGAGCUGCCCUGCCUGCAGAAGUGCCCUGUGCCUGUGGGUCCAAACACCGUCCUUGUGCUGUCCUGCUGUCCUGCCGUGGUCUGUCCCCUGCCUCGGGGCCGGUCCUGGGGGACACUUGUGUCCCAACCACCUGGUGGCACCAGAUAUCUUUAAGAAAUGUCACCGGUGUGGGUUGUGGAGCCCUGGCACAGGGGGUGCCCUCUGUCCCAGCAGGAUGGGCUGAGCAUUGUCCGUGUGGGAGCAGAGUGAGGUGGAGGCUGCUCCUUCCCAGGCUGGGCAGAGGGAGCUGUUCCCUGGGCAAACCUUCCCUGGGAGCAGCCAUGGGGACCAACGGGAGGCUUUGGGAUGCCCUGCACUCUGCUGGCCCCAAAUCCCACCUUCUCACCCUGCUGUUGGCUUGUUGAGUGGUGCUGCUUGCCCCCGUGCCCCUGCCUGCCCCAACACUGACACCAGGCUGGGCAGCCCCUGCUCUGCCUCUGCUGGGCUCCUCUAAGAGGAAGUCCUGCUCAGUAGUAGGGAUGAUGCUGAAAUAAGGAAUUGUAGCUUGUUCUCCUGGACUUUUUCUCCUUUGGGGCUGGUGGGGAGAGGACCCUCACUGGCUCUGCUCUGGGACCAAGGAUGGCCUGGAGCAGAGGCUGCUCAGUUCCAAAACUGAAGGAUGAGUCCCUGAGGGACUCAACACUGUCAGAUCUUGGCACUUUCAUGGAGUUCAUCUGCUGCUCUGCUGGAUUUGGACUCUGGAAACUGGUGCAAGAUGAUCCCAGGAAGAAAAGGGACAGGGUUGAUCUCCCACCUUGCACCACCAUGCACUUUGCUGUGGGUGAAGCUGCCAAGCUCCCAGCAUUAAAUGUUUAUUUAUAUUUAAAAUAAUCCUAUGAAGUUAUGUGGGGAGAGGGGGAAUCCCUGUUUGUCUGUAAGUGUUAACUCUUUUGCCUGAAUAAACACUGAAUGCCUCUGUGCAAA